CACGCUUUAUUAGCAUCUCGUCUGUGACUGAAGGUACGUACCUUGCAUAGGCUCAGGUCCCACUUUGACCACCCCCCGGCCCGGCCGUCGAAUCCGACGUCAAUUGAAGGAAGGCGCGCUGCGCUUCAAGAAGCUCGACUGACAAGCGGCGCCUGCAAAUCGAGUCUGUCCACAAGCACCACUUCUAAUCACUCACCACAGGCAUAUUCCUGGUCAGAACACGCACUUAUUUGCUCUUAUUGCUAUUGCCCCAGGAUAUUUAGUGACAUCUCAGUCAUACAAAAGACUUUCACUCCAUGUCGCGUCCACAUGCGUAGACUGUCUCUCAUCAGGGUAGCCCUCGGGUGCGCUCGCCAUGGACAACCAACCCGUCGCCGAUAGCCUGCGCAAGUCUCUGUUCCUCUGGACAGAGUUUGCGCGCAGGUGUCUCAACGAGAGACUGCCAAUCGACAAGUUCCAGACCUUUGCCCGGCUCCUGUACCAGCAACACCAUCUGCCGCCCGCCGCGAUCGCCGACCUCUUCCUGCGACCGCAUCCAAACGAUUGCUACAGUAUCGAUCCCCGAAUACCACCAUACCUUCAGAAGCUCAGCGAUCUGGGCUGUAUCGAUACCCCAGCCAUCCUCAAGACGCUCUACAAGUACUCGUCGGCGCACCUGCUGCUUGAAGAGCAGUCGGUCGGUUCGGGGUCGCUGGCCAAAGACACCAAAACCCCAAAUGGCGACAGUGCAGACGCGGAGAGCAAGCCGCUGCGAUGGAAAAGCUCGUACUGGGUAGAAGAGGUCUUGUUCUUUAGAAUUGUCAAGUCUCUUCACGAGGGCGAGGCGGUCAGGAACACGACGACAGCGUACGCGGUGCUCCAGGUCGUGUCGCAAUGGAUAGCGCUGUUUGUGGCCACGGCCUCAACGGCGCCGUUGGAUGUCAUGUCCCAAGCGUCUAGCUUGCGCAUGGAAUUGGGGUCGGCCAAGGCGGCGUUUGUGCCGCUGCUCAUGCGGCUGACCGAUAAUGAGGCUGUCCUGAGAAUCGUCAGCAGGCCCAUUGCUCGAGAAAUUUGCAGGGAGCUCUCAGCCAAUCUCGCUGAUUUCUUGCCGCAGCUGGCCAACGCGGGGACAUCCAGGCCCAUGCUGGACAAGCUCGAAUACUUUCGAAAUAACGUCCUGGCCAGCUCCGAGCCCGUUGACAAGAAGAAGCAGGCCGUCGAUGCCGCUAUGAACGACAUGCUCGACUCAGCGGCUGGACCGGAUAGCUUCGAGGUCCGCCAGGUGCCCAUUAUCUCGACCCGGACAGGCAUGUACAUACACCUAAACGCCUGCCUCGCUGGCCGACCCUUAAUCAACGACAACGUUUUCAUCAGCUUCCUCAACAACAGAUAUGCUGGCGACAACCAGCAUGCUGCCAUGGACCUCAUAUUGGCGUCGUUUGACAUUCUCGCCACCGCAGUCUUUAGGAGCAACGCACGGGAAGAUGCUCCCCUGCUUCGCUCAUUUCUCAUCAACAAGGUCCCGCCGCUGCUCUUCCAGCUCCUCCCACCGGGCUUCUCACCCCAGCCAGCCGAGACGUGUAUUACGAAUGCGCUCAAUCAGGUUGACACCGGUCUCUUCCCGACAGCAUCCGCCAUGUUCAACGAGGACCAAAUCAGCAACCCCUAUACCUCGAGCGUCAGAGAGGAAUUCUGUGGAGCCUGUGUGCUCCACGGUCUCAUCAACCGAGAGCGGCUCGAAGCGGUGCUGGGCGAGAUGCCCAUGUCUAGCCAGCCCGAAAAGAAGAUCCGCGAUAAGCUCGUGCAGGACUAUCUGUCGCACAACCUCAAGCCGCAGGAUUUGCUCGCAGACUUGGACAGGGACAGUGGCAACGUCGGCACUGUCUGCCAUGCUAUCGCUGAAAUUAUUCGAAGACAAUGCCAUGAGAAGGAUACCAUGUCCCUCAAGCUUCUCUGCAUCGAGCUUGUCCAGAAACCACAGAGCUUAGAUAUUCUACUACUGUUUGAAAGUAUCCCUACCGUGCUGGGACCUCUGUGCCAGCUCCUAGAUCACUGGCGGUACGAGGAAGAUCAAGCCGAGUAUCAGCCUGUGUACGAAGAAUUUGGCUCAAUACUUCUACUGGCUCUCGCAUUUGUAUAUCGAUAUGGUCUCGAACCAUCAGAUCUCGGACUGUACUCUCCGGGGUCGGCUGUCCGGAAGAUUAUCACACAGUCUCACGUUGGCCGACCCGACGCUCAGCUCUCCGCACGAGAAAAGGAGCACGUCAAUGGCUGGUUACUGGGUCUGUUUGACACGGAAGCUGGUGGUCUCGGUGAUGAUCUCAUGUCCUCAUGUCCCCCACAGGACUUCUACUGUUUGGCGGCAUCUCUGUUUCAGAGCAUUGUCGUCGGAUACGCCCACGGCUACAUUACGGAUGAGGCGCUCAAAAGUGGUGUAGAAUAUCUGGUUGAUACGUUCCUGCUUCCGGCGCUUGUGCCAGCCAUACGGUUCCUGACCGAGUACCUGUGGACAGAAUCAGAGAUUGAGCAAAAGGCCGUCAUCAAGAUUCUUCAACUGGUCUUGCUGCCAAGCGCCAUCUCGAGCGAGGCCAAUUCUCUGCUGGCUUCUGUGAAGAAGAUCAUAGCAAAGCCGCUUCACAAUGCACUACAGACCUAUCUCCACAGGCGCGACCCCAGCAACCAAGAUAUCCAGCCACUGCUUAACAUGCUGAAGGAGAGCGUGCCUAAAUCCCGCCGGCUUGGAGGGGCAGACAUGAGCGAGAUCACGGACUGGUGCCGAACCGAGCCACACGGGCUUUGGAGCAGCCUGAAGACAACGACGCACAAUCUCAUGCAGUGGACUGCCAACCCUGGGUUGAAUAUGCCCACCUCAUACUCACACCGGCAGUUUAUUACGGCGGCGAGGUUGAUGGGGCCUGAGCAGGUCCUCCGGCUGAUCCUUGAGGAGCUACGGCAGCAGAUCCGGGGGCUCUACGAAGCCAAUGGCCAGGAGCUUGCUCACCAACCGGAGCUGCCGAGUCUUGUUCAUGAUGUGGCAGCAGCUCUCAUCUGUGCACCCGACGUUACGAAAGAGCCGCCGGCUGCCUGCACAGAAAACCCCCCCGCCUCUCAACAACUGCCUGUCCAACGGCUGCAUACGCUCCGCGAAGUCCUGAGACUGGAGGCUGAGAAGUGCCAUGAGAUCCAAAAGACAGACCCUGUGCUCGCAGACAUUGUUGUCCGCCUGUACCGCAGAGUGGAAGGGCUCAUGGCCCUUCCGCAGGUCCCCACGGAUCUUCUACCACCGUCCAACCUGAACGACAUGGGUGCUGGCAUGGAUAUGAUGAACACAGAUCUGAACAACAUGUCUGCAGACAUAGACAUGGGGUCGGCUGUGAUGGACGACAUUGGUCUUAAUGGUGGAGGAGAUGUGAACAUGAACACAGGCAUGGAAUCGCUGGCGGCCAACAACGGUCACCACGACCACAAUAUCAACGGCAACGACAAUGGCGACAUGAUGCUGGAUGGCCUGCCUUCCAUGAGCGGGCUCGAUGGCCCUCCGGGGGGAGAUGGGGACGCCAACCUAUUCGACGGGCUGGACGAUACCAACCUCGACCUUGAUACUCUUGAGUGGCCGGAUGCCAUGAACAUGUCAUGACGGGCCCCAGUAGCAGGAGAUUGGAAAUGCAAAGCGAAGCCAACAUGGGCAACAUCGGAUUGAUCACAACCGCGCGGGUCGUGAGAAUAACAAAGCUGCGGUCAAGUCAUCCCCUGCACCAUCAUCUCGUGCCAUACUCUAAACAUGUCCCGUCCGAACGCUAGGGCCCGCGCGCGCGCAAGAGUUGCGCGCUAAGGAAGCUGAUUGGUUCAAUUGGACUCGAAUUGAGACGGCAUUCGUGUGCAAUCCCGGGCCCGAGUGUUAGCCUACGAUAC